AUGCUAAUUCUAAUAUGGACAACACUGAGCACACUCUCGAUCGGCUUCACAUUCGGCCAAAAACACUACAAAGUACAACUGUCUCUCGGUGACAAUACAGGGCCCAACUUUCGUUUGGGUAAUCUAUUCACCCACAUUCCUAGCUUGUCCUCCUAUGAUCAGACAUUUCCCAGCCACAUGCUCAAGCCAGACAGAGAGUUUGAGCUGAAGGCCAACGGCGAUUUGUUCACUAAACUUCCUCUUGAUCGGGAUGUAGUCUGUGCAAGGCUCAAGUGCUGUGAAAAGGCGGUCUGUACUCUUCAAGCGGAGGCAUAUUUCUUCACUUCCGAACCGCACCCCCUUGUAAUCGAAGUCCUCGUGACGCUCUCCGAUGAGAACGAUAAUCCCCCAAGUUUCGACUUGCGUCCCGGUGAGCCUGACAACCUGCCCGGAUGGCUGCCGCGACAUUAUCACAGUCUGCCCUACCUUCAAAUAACUGUCGCUGAAUCCGCCAACAUUGGCACGCAGCUGUCUCUUCCCUGUGCCCAUGACCCUGAUUCGAGGAAAUUUGGAGUUUCCUCUUAUGAACUUCGAAGCAUCCUUCACCCGAGAGCGAAUAAAAGUCAGCGGAACGACUUUCGACUGGUUAAGCAGACUUCAAAGUCCCCAAACGGAGAGUUACAUCUACUUGUGUCGCAAAAUUUGGACCGAGAACGAGAAGCCGCCUAUUGGUUUGAGCUUCGUGCAUCCGACGGGGGAAAUCCAUCCCUAACCGGAACUCUGCUUCUUCGGGUAAAGGUGGACGAUGUUAACGAUCACCCGCCAGUGUUUAUCCAGCCUCGUCACCAUACAGAACUCUCAAUUGAGGUCAAAGAAAACACCGAAUUCGGCCACAAGGUGUACACAUUUCGCGCCACAGAUGCUGAUCUUGGUGACAACGCCAAAAUAACCUACAUAAUUGACCGGGCCUCCAGUUACCCGCGCACUAACAGUCAGUUAAAUAAGUGGGCCUUGGACGAAGAAACCGGGAUUCUCACUGUUUCUGGCAUAUUAGACUAUGAAAACGAAGACGACAGGAAAUUUGUACUUAGGAUUGUUGCACGCGAUGCAGGUACUCCGCCACUAUCAGCCACAACCUCCAUAACAAUCCUUCUCACUGAUGUCAACGACAACCCUCCGCUCAUUGAUAUUCGCAGAGCAGCGUUUGACUUUGAGGAGGACGCAGACAAGGAUGGAAACAUUAAUGUUAUAAUCUCCUGCAUGGAUACCGCCUCACCGGCACUCUCCUCUAAGGCGGUUGUUCCGAUUGCUCUCCAGGAUCUAAAUGAUAAUUGGCCGGUGUUUGAACGUCGGAGUUAUCAAUUCGCGGUGUACGAGAACCUGCCGCGACACUCCGAGAUUGGCCGAAUUCAGGCUUUUGACAAGGACAGGGGCUUGCUUGGUAAAGUUACCUACUGGUUAACCUCAGACGUCCCAGCUAAUUUGGAUUUAAUAGAAAUAAGCCCUCAGACAGGAUUUAUUUUAACCAAGGGUGAACUAGACCGAGAGCAGUCCGACACACUGACAUUUCGUGUCACUGCAGCUGAUGGUGGAGCUGAGAAUGAAAGGAAAACGAACACCACUACCUUGACUAUCCGUCUGCUGGAUGUGAAUGACAACGCUCCGGUCUACACAGGUCCAUGGGAAGUACACAUAGCUGAGGAUGCGAGAGCCGGUUCGGUGGUUGUUCCAAACCUUCAGUUUUACGAUAGAGAUAGCGGUGAAAACGGCACCGUCAAGGUCUUCUUCGGCGGCCACAGUCCAUAUUCGCCUCACAACCCAUAUGACGGGAUGCGACCGUCGGACUUGAACGACGAUGAAUCACAGCGGGCCAACUCUGACGGAGUCUUCUCGCUACUGGGUGGACAGGAACUUGUUCUGACUGGAAGCCUCGACAGAGAAACCCAUUCUCGCCUUCUUGUUCGCCUCAUCGCUGUGGAUUGUGGACGUGUUCGCCAGCUUACCAGUACAACAACGCUCACUGUCACCGUCGAUGAUGUCAACGACAACGCCCCUCAACUCCUACAUCCUCGAAAUGCCACUCUCCUCACGGGGACUCCAGACCAUAGCAGCGUGCAAUUUAUCAACAUGAACCCCUUGCAAAGGCGUAAACUUGUUCUGGACGGCGCUGAAUACUUUUUUCUUGACGAGCAGCUGGGUCAUUUGCGAACUUCCUGGCAGAAGGACAACCGGGCUGCCUCCAAAGCCACAGAAACCGGUGAAGUAAGCACCAACACCAACAGCUCGAGAGAGUCACGUGCCAGCUUCUCUCCCAGACCACCGCCUAUCGGACUGCUCGCAUUAGUGGUUGAACUGAAAGACCACGGCCAUCCUCCGCAAUUUUGCGCUAGUGAUCAGUUUGACCGCGGCCAUUUUCUGGGUCCGCUUCCGAGUUGA